AUGUCGGGGCGCUCAGCCUAUGUUAGGAAGGUAAAGGUGGACAAGAACAACAAAGCAGGAUAUGACUACCUGAAUAAAGAUGAUACACUCAAAGGAAAAGAGCGUACUCCCUCCUUCAAGUCCGAUCCAUCAAUUUCAGAUUUUCAUGGAAUGGAUAAUGGCACUUCAAUAAAUUUAUCAGAUCAUGAUUUUAUGAAAUCAGAUGAGCCUUCAGCGAGAUCACUCAACAGUGUUCACUACGAGCCCGAAUAUAAUCCUGGAUAUGCUCGAAUCAGGAGACCUGAAAUGCCGAUUAUUGAAACCUCUGGGAUCGAAAAAUCGGCUUUUCGUUCAAAGAUGGAGAAGAGCAGCGAGAGUUUUCGUCACAACUUCGCAAACGUCUUCAAAAAGAAGAAAGGCAAAGAAGUACCAAGUGAAACCCCACCCACAACACCAAAUGGAGAAGAGAAGCAUGAGUUAGCAGCAGAAGGAAUGCCCUAUCCAAAUCAACGACCUGUCAGCCCCUUACGACGAGCGCCCAGCCAUGAAAGCCAGCCAUCCUACAAACGAGGAAGAACUCUCAAGGGAGAUAUUCCGCCAAUACCUCAAAAAAUGAAGUUGUGGAGACGAAAGGGACAACCAGUUAUGUUAUGGGAUAAAAUGGAUGUCAGAGAUCCAGAUCUUUGGGACACCAAAGGAGACGCUCUGGUAUUCUACGCCAAUGAGGCAGGAGACAAUGAGAUGCCGCAACCCGCUUUUAGACUGGGGUCUCAUUUGAUUGAAACCAUAGGAUCACCAUUAGUAGAUGAACUACUUCGCGACGGUUUGACGGACGAUAUGGACAACAUGAGCAUCUCUGAAUCUUACCGAAAUGGUCCCCCACGACCUCGACAACCGUCUCCUCCUGGAUCCGAAUCCAGCAAAAGUUUCGAUUCCUCCCAGAUCUCCUAUAGAUUUGUAUUGCCACCUGCUGGAAAUGUCUCAAAACAGGAUUUACUAAGAUACAAGCUGUCCUGGAGAAACGUCUUUGCGGUAUGUUCGGGCAAAGGAAUUGUUGGAUAUACCUUACAUCAAGCAAUCACCGAUGUAUACGAGCGCUUCUUGGCAAUCAUGCCUCGAAACCAGAAUCUGUCACACAUUCCUGUCAAUUACACCAAAGCAAUGGGAUGGCACGAUCUCCGGGAUGAUCCGGAGUUAGCUUGUAGUACUUUAAUUUGGAGCGAGCACAAGAAAAUACACUGGCAACAAGGAUGGCACGAGGCAUUUGUACACUGUGCAGGGAUGUACAACCAAGUUGCUUCCUUACCCAGCUGGAAGAACGUUUCACCGGCUACAAAGUUGAUGCUUGAUAAGGCCAGCGUCGAAACUUUAAGUCAGGUAGCUUAUUGUGAGGAUUUGUUGGCUAGGUUUGACUACGGAUCUUACUGGCCAGAAGCUUUGGGUCAUCAUGGCGUAAGCUCUCGUGAAGCUUUUGUCAGACUUCAGGGAUUCUUUCGCGACCAUUACUCAGAUAUGUUUGGGACAUGGCCUCCUAUGCCACCGGAUUCUAGGAACGUCGAUGGGUGGCUUACAAGACUUAUCGUCAAAACUCUCUCGGCCGAUUUCUAUGCACUUUAUGAUUAUUUAGUGGAUCGAAAAGUUGUCUGGAAUGGUUCAUCAAAAAUGAACAGUCGCAGGUCCAACAUUGUUCGUCUUGGCACUCCAGAGUUUCGUCCUAAUAGCCAUGACUGUGAUUUCGUCGGUCUGAUCGAGCGAUUUGACAGUCAUCACAACAUUCCUUCCAUUCCUCACCCUUAUGCUCAACUGCCACAAUCGUGUCCACCUACUCUAGGGAGGAUUACACAAUUGGAAGCUAGAAAAUCCGCUCUUGCAUAUACCGAGGCAACAAAUAUUUUUCUUCUUGGAGACGAGUACGAGGGUAACGAGAUGGUGGAAGCGUAUAUGCAAUGGGAGAAGACAGACAGAAUCGGCGAAUAUGAUCCGAGAAGCGCUCGUAGAGCCCGCUGGGUUCUUGUUUAUUUUAUCUUGCAGACUUUAUCAACACUUGUUGUUGACACGCCAGGAUUGGAUUACUCUGACGGAGUCGAAUACUUCCUGUCUGGUAGAAUAGAGCAACAACCUGCAUGGAUUGAAGAUCAAUCACUCAGACAGCAAGCCGAACACAGUCGAAGUCAUUGCUGGACCGUAUCUUCGGCAUGGCGAAAACAGUCAAAUUUUGAAAACAAUGGACUUGAUUCUGUACCAGAGAGACUCGAACCAACUGCCACAGGUAGAUCUUUGUCUUCCGUCUCUAGCUACGAGAGUAUGGCUAGAACAACCACAUUUUCUGAAGCAGAAACUGCCAAUGACAUGGAUACCGCUCGUACCUCAACUGCAGUAUCUGUCGCCGAAAGCAAAGCAAGUUAUCAUACUAUUCAACGAGCAGAAAACUUGAGUAUCCGCACACGAGAUAUCUCUCCCAAGUCCAGACAAUCACCAACACCGAAGACCAUUUCACUUUUUCCCGCCCCUCCAAAACAAGUCAUCGAUCCGCAAUAUUCCUCGCGAUCAUCCGACAAAUACUAUUCCACACACAACAACUACCCACCAUCUCUCCCUCCCAAAUCACCUCUUCCGCAAACCCCCUCUUCCUCUUAUGGAUCUACACGCAACUACCCAAGCUCCAGCCGCAAUGGUUCAUCAAAUCACCAAUCCCGUGCUAAAACACCCACCCAUCAAAAUCCUUCUUAUUUCGCACCCUCUGGUAGCGAAGGCGAAAUCAUGGGAUUGCGAAUCCAUAAAAGCGCUUCUUCGACCCCAGUUGCCUCUCCCACCCUUUCUUCUCAUCCUACUGGUCUUCCACAACGAAGCAAUACCGGCUACGCGCCCGGAAUCGAGAAAUUAGAAGACCCGAUUUGGAGCAGUAGUGGAAAUAGCAGUCCGGUUGAAAACUACAAGAGCCAUCAAAAAGGAAGAAAUGCACAACUUUCUGGUCAGCAAGAAAUGCACGCUAAACAUAUUCGGGAUUUCGACGAGCUGCCUUGA